UUUUAACGCAUGAGCUUUCAAUAAAAAAGAAAUAUUCUUCAUUCCUUUUUUUUCACUUUUUUUCUCUUCACCAAUUCACACUUUGUCCCUAUUACUCCCUAGAAUCUCUCGCUCUGUCUCAUGCACACACAGACACACACUAGUGGAUUCCUUGCUUUAGCUUCAAAUCUCUGCUAAUAAUCUUGAUUUCAUUUUUCUCUCCUUUUCUUCCACCAUAACCCCAUAUCAAUUUUGUUCUACCCAUCUUCAAAGGCCCACAAUUUCCCAAUCUUUGUGCUACAAGAAACCCUAGUUCUUCUUAAAUUCACAGAUUCUCAAAUACCCUUUUCCUGAUUUGGUGAAUAUAUGUUGAUUUUGGUUCAUAUUACGUUGUAAUUCAGCUUAAAGGUGUUGAAUUCAGUGAAGUUUAUUUAAGGAUAAGAAGAUGGAGAAAUACGAGCUUGUGAAGGAUAUAGGGUCUGGGAAUUUUGGUGUUGCAAGGCUCAUGAGGAACAAGGAGACCAAAGAACUCGUGGCAAUGAAAUACAUUGAGAGAGGACACAAGAUUGAUGAGAAUGUAGCAAGGGAGAUCAUUAAUCAUAAAUCACUUCGACAUCCAAACAUAAUUCGCUUCAAGGAGGUGGUAUUGACUCCCACUCAUCUUGCCAUUGUUAUGGAAUAUGCAGCUGGUGGAGAACUGUUUGAGCGCAUUUGCAAUGCAGGAAGGUUCAGUGAAGAUGAGGCCAGAUACUUUUUCCAGCAGCUUAUUUCAGGUGUCCACUACUGUCACAACAUGCAAAUAUGUCAUAGAGACCUGAAGCUGGAGAAUACCCUUCUUGAUGGAAGUGCAGCUCCACGCUUGAAGAUAUGUGAUUUUGGAUACUCAAAGUCGUCCCUGUUGCAUUCAAGGCCAAAAUCAACUGUUGGGACUCCAGCUUAUAUUGCUCCAGAGGUCCUCUCCAGAAGGGAAUAUGAUGGCAAGCUGGCUGAUGUUUGGUCAUGUGGAGUGACACUUUACGUGAUGCUGGUUGGGGCAUACCCUUUUGAAGACCAGGAGGAUCCAAAGAACUUUAGGAAAACUAUUCAACGAAUAAUGGCGGUACAGUACAAGAUUCCUGACUAUGUUCACAUAUCGCAAGAUUGUAGGCACCUUCUCUCUCGCAUAUUUGUUGCCAAUUCUGCAAGGAGAAUCACAAUCAAAGAAAUCAAGUCACACCCAUGGUUUUUGAAGAAUUUGCCUAGGGAGUUGACAGAAGCAGCACAGGCAACCUAUUAUAGAAAAGAAAACCCGACAUUUUCGCUUCAGAGUGUGGAGGAGAUCAUGAAAAUUGUGGAAGAGGCAAAGACCCCUCCUCCAGUUUCCCGUUCAGUCUCAGGUUUUGGCUGGGCAGGUGAAGAAGAAGAAGAGGAGAAGGAAGGAGAUGUAGAUGAAGAAGUGGAGGAGGAGGAGGAUGAAGAAGAAGAAGACGAAUAUGACAAACAAGUGAAACAAGCACACCAAAGCUUAGGGGAAGUUCGUCUCACCUAAGCGUAAAUUAUCUUGCUUGCUCGUGGAGAACUGUGGACACACAUAUAGCCUAUUAUGUCUUUGGCAUUUCCUGUUUGUGUAAAAGUUGUUUCACCUGGGCCUACUUUAUCCUUUUUGCUUGUAGAAAACUAUAGCUAUUAAGUGUGGCAUUUCCUGGUCGUGUCAAGAUUUUCUUUCUUCUGUUGUGUGGAACUUAAAAGAAGUCUGUAAAUUUCGAGUUUUGAGGUAAGGAAGCUUGUGAAUUAUAUUUCCUUAAGACAAAGGCAUUGGUGUACUGAAGUUGAACCU